UAUGAAAAAGUUUUUGAUAUGAGCCGAAUACAAGAAGAAAUUUUAUAUACUAAAAAACUUAAAAAAUUAUCAAAUUUAGAUAUUGUUUAUCAGCAUAAGUAUCUUGCACUUCUAGUUUCUAAUAAUCAAGAAUCUUUACAAGAUAAAGCUCAAUUAUACAAUAAUAAUGAAAUACAAAGUAAAAGCGAUUAUAGUAUUUUGUUAUCUGAAAAUAAUGAUGAUAGUGAAACAUAUGAAGAAGAUGAAGAAAUAAUAAGCAAUUCUGAGAUUAUUGAAUCAGAACAACUUGAAAAAAUGUAG